AUCUUUCCUGGUUGGUCAUUUGUGAAUUUGAAGUGUUCAUUUAUUGUAAAGAUGCAGAAGAAGAAAGAAAGAACGAUGGGACGCUUGUUAUGUUUUUUGUUCCUCCUGGCAGUCCUGGCCUCCACCUUAGCAAACGAGACACAGCAAAUUGACACACCGACUAUGAACCAACAGACAUCAGUGGAGGAGGUGACAGAAUUAAACCCAGCGCUGGCAGAAAAGCCUGAAAAUUUGAAACUGAGCUUGUUGGCAAAACUUGUAUAUGAACAGGUCCUGGAGGAAGAAAAGCUCGCUGAAAAAGAGAAGGAGGAAAGGAUUCAAAAUUUUCAUGAAAUAAAACGGAAGUUAAACGAUUUGGAAAGAUUCUCUGAGGAAGGACACUUGAAAGCAAUGGAGCAAAAUAAUAAGAAGCUGGUGAACCAAGGCAAUAUGACGAAUCAGAAGUUGACAGAUUUGAUCAAAAUCAUUGAAAUAAGCCACCGACAGACUCUUGCACAAAAUGAGAAGGUGGCAAAAGAUAAUCGGGUACUCAUGGUGGAUAGUUUGAACAUAACAAUCCACAAGAGUGUGGCAAGUCUCACCAAAGAACACAAGCAGAUUUUUGAAAAAUUGGAGCAGGUUGAAAAUAAUUUAAAGGAUGUUGCUCAAAAGAUGGACGAAAUUGCAAAACUCACAAUCAGUGAAAACCGCACAAAGGUCACAAAAUCAAAUUGUGAUCGAGCUCGUUUAGCAAACUUGCAGAAUCUGCCCAAUGGCAAAAAAUACUUCUUUCAUCAUACUUCUUUUGACUGGUUCCGGGCCCAUGAUACUUGCAACAAUAUGGGCCUUCGCUUGGCAACCCUCAAAAAUCAAGAAGACAUUGAAGAGGUUUUCAAUGCAGGGCGGAAUAUUGAUAAAUGGUCCAUUUGGUGGUUGUCUGCAAAAAACCAAGGAUUUGGGGAUCAAAUGGACUAUCGUUGGCACGAUCAGACCAUACUAGAUAUUGACAGCUCACUUUGGUACAGCUAUGCCAAUAAGAGAAGUGACUGCGUUCAUUUAACUCAUAGUGACAACGGAAAAUUGAACAGCCUGUCAUGUUCCAUGGAACGGUCUUUUGUCUGCGAAUUGCCAACUGAAUGCUAUUGAACGACUUUCAGGCUAAGUUUGUAUGAAGGAUCCAAUCAAAUUAAUUUUAUUCACCUAAUGAUUGUUCAGACCACGUUGAACAAAAGAAAAAAAAUCCUAAGUUUUGAGAAAUUUUGAUUGAAACAUGAAAUAUUAUUUGCAAAGUUGGGUUUCAAUGCAAAUAUUUGUCCAUGCAAUUUUUCGUUUGUUUUUUUAAUAUCUUACUUUUUGUCUGGGUGGUUUUGUAAGUUUUGGUAAAUUUUUACAAAUUUUCAGCCUUUAAUUGCACGGGCCGGGUUGAUGAUUUUUGCCGUUUGCGAAUGAUUGAUAAUCAAUCCAAAAAGGGAUCAUGUCAUUUUGUCAUUCCUUAUCUUUCUACAUAUGUAAGAAAUUAACCAAAAUAAAAUACGUCGCUUUUAAAAUAAA